UUACAACCUCCUUCCUGCACGCGAUUCCGGUUGAAUGUUGUUGUACGUUGCUCCGGUCAACUUUAUGGCAACCGUUCGCCAGCGAGUUCAUCAUUAAUGAUUAAUUCAGUGAUAUGAGUCGUCCAGAGUUACACUUAAACACAUAUAGAGACGGACUUUAACUGUAAUUAAUGGAACUCUUUAACUUAGAGAGUCGCGAGGCUGCAAUCCCUGCUCUCCCUCUCUCUGCCCUGCGUCUGGUUGUGCCACCUCUCCGGCUGAUGUCAGCAUUUUUAUGGCAGAUGAUUCAGCGUCGUAAUGUGACACAAUAUGGGAAGCUGGAGCAGUUUAUAAUGCUGGUUACAGAGACUAUUCCAGACAUCAUGAGUCGAAGUCUGGUUAAUAAACUGAUCUUUCACCUGCGAAAAAAGGUGAUCUUGGAGCUCUGUCUGAAAAAUAAACCACCUGACCUGUGGGUCAUACAAGCACAUCUGGAUUCACUUCGAAAUCUCACACAUAAAUGUAAAGAUGUGGAAAGUGAGAUAGUCAAUAACAAAUUUAUUAGAAUGGUGCAUGGUAUCCUAGAGGACACAGAAAAGAAAGAGAAUUUCAUCCAGAAUAUCUUUCCUGUAGAAUAUGGUUCAGGAUAUGAUGCAGUGUUACAAAGCCUUGCAUGGGAGUUCCUGUCUCAAGUGGAAGAUCUGCUACCUGUUCCCAACCUUAAAGAGACAGCUUCAAGACUGUGUGGUGGUCUCUCUAUGAUGGAGGAGAUUGUGCAGCCGCUUUCAGAUCCAGUUGAGAUCAAGGAUGUGCUUGAACACUUCAAAAUCAGACAACUCCUUGCCAGAAAUAUUGAGCCCGCUCAAAGAGUUAUCAGUGAAAUGUCCAUUCCUACUACCCCUGAAGUGGUUUGUUUGCCUCAUCCAGUUGCACAAGAGACAAUCUCACCUGCCAUUUGCACUGAUCACGAGGAAAGCUUGCCACCCACUUCCAUUGUGCAAGAGACUAUUAUCGUUGAAUCAAGUGGCACAGAGAAUGAAUCAGAAACUGAACAAGCUGCCAUUACCAUAAUGAGCCCUGCUCACAGUUAUUCUGAAGAGGCUGAAGCUGUAGUGGACAGUGAGGAGUUUACAGCAGUAGCCAGCACUGAGGAAGCAGAGGUAGUACUGGAACAAGAAGAGACCAUUUGUGAAGAGAAAGAUUCAGAGAUCUGUGAAGUCCAGCAAAUCUACCUCACCGCAGAUGGUUCUGCAGUGGUUGUGUCAGAAUUUGAAAAUGAGGUAGAGCCAACUCAGCUGCAGUUCCUAGAUCAAUCAGAUAUGAUGGAAGCAUCUAGUGUGAGGCAAGUCACCUUAGAGCAGUGGAUCUCAGAAUUAGCUGGAAAGGGCAUCUCUCUACCAGUCUUGCCUCCGAAUCCUGUUGAGGUGGUGAGGGAGGAAAUGAUCUAUGUUCCUGUCAUAGAAAGACCACCGUCUGUGAAGUCCAUCAUCCACAGAAAGAGCAGCACACAACAAGUCGCUGUUUCCAAAAAGACAGCAGCCGGAGCUUCUGAAUCCGAAAUUACUCGAGAGGAGAAACGACACGCAUGUCCUGAAUGUCACAAAGAGUUCCGUUUCAAGUGCCUGCUGCGCAAUCACAUGCGCACUCACACGGGCGAGCGUCCGUUCCCGUGUUCAGACUGCGGCAAAAGCUUCCGGUGUCUCAGUUUCUUGACCAAUCACAUCAAAACGCACUCGCUUGCCAGACCGUUCAAGUGCACGCAGUGCGUCAAGACCUUCCGCAAAAAAGCCGACCUCAUCAAGCAUAUUCGUGUGCACACAGGCAUAAAAACGUACAACUGCACCAUCUGUGGCAAAAGCUUCUCCCAGGGCUCAUAUUUAAAGAUUCAUCGCGAAUGCCACACCUCGGAGAACCUCCACCAGUGCCCUCACUGCGACAAGAGGUUUCCGACGCCAUUCAAGUUGUCCAUCCACGUCCGACACCAUUCCAUGGAGCGCUCAUACCAGUGUAAUCUGUGCGGGAAAAGUUUCAUAUACGCCAGCCUUCUCAGAAGACACAAAGGUUAUCACGCAGGUGAGCGCCAGUACCUGUGUUCCCUCUGCGGCAAGUCUUUUGUCUACAUGUUCGACUUAAAGAAGCACCAACGCAACCAUGAAAGACCCCGAAUCAAGGUCACAUGCAGUCUUUGUGACAAGACCUUUGCAGGACCAGAGAUGCUGAGGUGCCAUUUGCGCAUACAUACUGGAGAGCGCCCAUUCCACUGCAAGAUAUGUGGAAAAGCCUUUUCUCAGAUCGGUAACAUGAAGAGACAUGAGCGCGUGCACACAGGCGAGCGCCCCUUCACCUGCGAGAGAUGCGGAAAGACCUACAAGCAUUCUUCUCACCUGAAGAACCACAUGCUCAGCCACACAGGUGAACGGCCGUGGCAGUGCUCUCAUUGUGGGAGGAGUUUCAAGUUUGCUGGGCCUCUAAAGAAGCACGAGAGAAUUCAUCUGGGUGAGUGUGCAGACCGCAGAAAGAGCUUUGACGAAACCCGUGAACGCAAGAAACUCAAACCCAAAAGCCCUUGACUGAAUGUGGGAA